GGUUUUUUUCCCCUGUCAUUUAACCCACUACAGAAUUGAGUGGAGCAUGACAAGGCAUUAUACAAGCAGAGGUGUACGGAGGAAAACAAUCCUGAAGCACAAACCUUUCCACUCGGACAUUCCUCCUCCUGCUGCUGCUGCUGUUUUGACUCUUUCACGAUGUGGUUUUACAGCUUUUUACUGGGGUUGGACCUGAAGGGGAUACUAUUGUUUUGUUUUCUCUUCCUACUGAUAGCAGACUUCCUCAGAAACAGGAAUCCUCCAAAUUAUCCCCCAGGACCACUGGGUCUCCCAUUUGUGGGGAAUUACUUCAGUUUGGACCAACAUCUACACUUGUAUUUUAGCAAGUUGGCUGAUGUCUAUGGAAAUGUGUUCAGCGUCCGCCUCGGUGGUGAAAAGAUGGUGGUCGUGUCUGGGUGCAAGAUGGUGAAGGAAGCCAUAGUGACACAGGCCGAGAACUUUGUGGAUCGACCGCACAGUGCAAGUGCUGAAAGGAUUUACUUAGGCCAAGGUGGUCUGUUCAUGAGCAAUGGUGAAAAAUGGAAGAAACAGCGGCGGUUCGCGUUGUCGACCUUACGAAACUUUGGUUUUGGUAAAAGUAUCACGGAGCAGAGCAUCUGUGAAGAGAUCCGAUACCUUCAAGAGGAGAUAGAGAAUGACAAAGGUGAGCCUUUCAGCCCAGCAGGCCUCUUCAACAAUGCUGUAUCCAACAUCAUUUGCCAGCUUGUGAUGGGGAAACGGUUUGACUACAGCGACCACAAUUUCCAAAUGAUGCUGAAGUAUAUGUCUGAAGCUAUCUGUCUGGAGGGAUCAAUGUGGGUUCAACUCUAUGAAUCCUUUCCCAGUGUGAUGAAGCACUUGCCAGGCCCUCAUAACAGGAUGUUCAGCAACUACAAAACCAUCCUGGAUUUCAUUGGUCAGGAGGUACAGAGGCACAAGCAGGACCUGGACCCCAACAAUCCACGGGACUACAUUGACAGUUUUCUCAUCGAAAUGGAGAAUCACAAAGAAUCUGAUCUGGGUUUCGAUGAGACCAAUCUGGCUAUGUGUUCUCUGGAUCUGUUUCUGGCUGGAACAGAAACUACCUCCACUACUUUGCAGUGGGCUAUGAUUUACCUCAUCAAAAACCCUGACAUCCAGGAGAAAGUCCAGGCGGAGAUAGACAGUGUGAUCGGACAAAUCCGCCAGCCCACUAUGGCGGACAGACCAAACCUGCCCUACACUGACGCUGUCAUUCAUGAGAUCCAGAGGAUGGGAAACAUUGUUCCUCUCAAUGGAUUAAGAAUGGCUGCCAAAGACACGACUCUUGGCGGUUACUUCAUACCCAAGGGUACUUCCCUGAUGCCCACGCUGACCUCUGUGCUGUUUGACAAGACUGUAUGGGAGACUCCAGACACUUUUAACCCAGGACACUUUCUAGAUGCUGAUGGAAAGUUUGUAAAGAGAGAAGCAUUCCUUCCUUUCUCUGCAGGGAAACGUGUGUGUCUCGGAGAAGGGCUGGCCAAGAUGGAGCUGUUCCUGUUUUUGGUGGGCUUGUUUCAGAAGUUCUCAUUCUCUGCUCCUGAUGGAGUAGUGUUAAGCACAGAGGGAGUUAAUGGAGCCACAUAUGUACCGCAACCCUUCAAGGUUUGCGCCAAGGUUCGCUGAAUUACGCAGAAUUCAAUUUUUCAUCUAACCAGAUUUAUGAAAGAUGUAACAGCAACCCAUAAUAAUCAAACCAUAUCAACCUUUGUCUGUUUUAUGAUUCUCUGUUAUGAGGACUGGGUUAUUGUCUGCUCUGUACAUUAAAAGAUUAUUUUAUUAUUAUUGUGUUAAUUCCUUUAAAAUACAUUUCUCUUUAUCCUUGUAGUUAUUAAAGGUGAGAUUUGUUUAAUGUACACAUUUGAAUGUUUG